CGACUACAUAUCCCACAAUGCAACCAGUGUAAACAGACUCACGGACAAGCGCCAGACAGCUUGGCUGUCGCUAAUUUAGUUGAUUAGAUAACGUGUUGUUCUUGCGUUGUGUAACAUUGCAGCACAUUGUUACGUUUGACUUUUCUACUUGUUUUCAUAAACGUUACUCGGUGACGAACGGAAGGCCGGAAACAAAGACGAGAGGACGGUGAUAGCCAACUCUGUUUCCAUUUGAGGUACCGUGGUCGAAAUGACGUCGUUGACACACGCAGUACGUGAACGUAAGUACUGAACGUUGCUUAUUUCCAUUGUUCCUAGUCGCGGAGUAUCACUUUCGGUUUGGGUAAUGAGUUUUCGUCUCGGGUAUUCCGUGGGUUUUCUCACGCCUGGCGCCGUCUGUCUCGAAUAAACAAUCUCGGGUGUUGGCUAAAUCGGCCGCGGCGGCUCGUUAGCUAGCUAUCGGCGCGCUUGAUAUGAAACCACGGGAAAGUUCCACCAUGAGCUCGCUGGUGCAGAUGAUCGCGCGACAGGCCCUGGUCACUUUCCGCCAGCCGCCUCGCUCGUUCGCCGACAAUCACAAGCAGCUGCUGGGCCUGAUUAGCCAGGUGCGAAGCGCCGACCUGAGGGUACUCCCGCCCGUGUCGCCCCCUCCCCGAGGCGCCCCCCCGGUCACCUACAUGCACAUCUGCGAGACGGAGCAGUUCAGCAUGGGCGUCUUCCUGCUAAAGAGCGGCGCCCGAAUACCCCUGCACGACCACCCGGGCAUGCACGGCGUGCUCAAAGUGCUCUACGGAAAGUUGCGGGUCAGUUGCUUCGACCGGCUGGACGCCGGGCCGGAAGCGGGCGAGGAGCGGCCUCGACUGGGUGCCCUGCGGCGCUCGGUGCUGCGCUCCAGCGCAGAGUACACGGACGCCAGCGAGCCCUGCGUGCUGGCGCCCGACCGGGACAACCUGCACCAGAUCGACGCCGUGGACGGACCCGCCGCCUUCGUCGACGUCCUGGCGCCGCCCUACGACCCAGACGACGGGCGCGAUUGCCAUUAUUUCCGGGUCCUACAGGGGCCCGAGGUCCGAGAGCCGCACGACCGCGAAGUCCUACUCAUGGAAAUCGCGCAGCCCGUGUCCUUUUGGUGCGGGACCGAACCCUACCUUGGCCCCGGCGUGCGCCUCUGACGCCACGGUGUGCCCUCUGUCGGUGAUGGACGUCCGAGCUAUUGAAACUGGGAGGGAGGGCCGAUGGUUCUCCAUUGCCGUCAAUCUCCCAAUAGACAGAUUUCUGUACCUCGUUAGAGAUUGCUUGACUGGACUGUGAAGCUUUUGCUAGCCUUCACGACUAACAUUUCAGUGUCGUAAACAACAAUUAGUUGGAAGACAUCCAUGUGAAUGAAAAUGUGAUUCCUAAUAAACUUGAUUGAUGCAUUGCCUGGCCAGUUGCAAUCUGUCCGGUUUCUUUUUCCCCUAUACCAGGGGUCUGCAA